GAGAGGACAGCAUGCCAGCACUUUCUCAUUAGCUUUGCUAAGAGAACUCUGAGGAUAAAGCACUACUGAAAACAUGUAUCUCUUCCUGCCUUCUAUUCAUUCUAUUUUAAUCCAGGGUUCUAUCUGAAGAAAAGCUUCUCAAAAGGUAAGGCAUUAGCAGUCCAUCCAACUACAAGAAGGAUACUGACUAACACGGCUGUUACUCUGAAACCCAUCCAGCUACAGUGAGGUCAAUGGGAGUUUUGCAAUUGACUUAAACAGAAAGAUCAGGCAUCGAGGAAAUUUAAAUAAAUAUGAAUAGGUAAAAACAAAUUCUAUAUUAUAGCACAGGAGAAACUUUUCAAUUAUAAAGUAUUUUUGCUCCUAGUUUACCUAUUUCAAAAUGCCAUUGAAAGCUGUAGUUACAACAGGUAUUUUGAUAUGUUCUAUUAUUUACUUCCUAGUUACGUACACAUUUUUAGUCUACUGAUGGACAUAAUGCAACACUUUGGAAUUAUUGUACUCUCACUCAUGUUGACUUUAAUUCUCUUUUUCAGAAAGAUUUAAAAAGUGAAGAGCUUGACCAACCAGUGCCACACCAUCACCAUUGGUAUACAAACGCAAACACUAAAAAGUUCAGAGUAGUUAACAACAAAAGCACAACAUGACUUCAGCGGUUCUUCAGAAUGAAGAAACACAAUAUUGCUUUGAGAGUAUUAAUGGAUCCUGCUAUAAAACAGCGUGGUCUUCUGGACUCCGCAUAACUUUGUACGUUGUGCUUAGUUUUCUGACAAUUCUUACACUAGGUGGUAACCUAAUGGUAAUGAUUUCAAUUGCUUAUUUCAAACAGCUUCACUCUCCUACAAAUAUUUUGCUUGCCUCCUUGGCAUGUGCUGAUUUUUGUUUGGGUCUGACUGUGCUGCCCUUCAGCAGUAUAAGAUCUGUUGAAACAUGCUGGUAUUUUGGGGAAACAUUCUGUAGAUUCCAUAGUUCUUUAGAAGUAACUUUUUGUUUUUCAUCAAUAUUUCACUUGUGUUUCAUCUCUGUUGAUCGCUACAUUGCUGUUACUGAUCCGUUAAUUUACCCUUUCAAGUUCACAGUGCCCGUUUCAGGCAUGUGCAUAGCUGUUGCCUGGAUAUUUUCAUUAGUAUUCAGUUUUUCGGUUGUCUUCACUGGGGCUAAUGAGAAAGGGAUACAAGAAUUAGUAAACGUUCUCUCCUGUGUCGGGAGCUGUCAACUUCUUUUCAACAAAACAUGGGUGGUUGUAACCUCUCUCCUUUAUCUAAUACCUUUUUUUACAACAAUAGCACUUUACAGCAAGAUCUUUGCUGUGGCUAAACGACAAGCUAGAAUGAUAGAGAUGAAGAGCAACAACAGCCAGUCAUCUGAAACUUACAGUGACAGAGUUAGCAGAAGAGAGAGGAAAGCUGCUAAAACCAUUGGUAUUGCUGUGAUUGCUUUCGUGGUAUUCUGGUCACCUUAUUCUAUAAUUGUAAUAAUUGAUGCUUUUUUUAACUUCAUAACACCACCCCUUGUCUUUGAUAUUCUGCUUUGGUUCACUUAUUCCAACUCUGCCGUUAAUCCUUUGAUUUACUCUGUCUUUUAUCCUUGGUUUCGAAAAGCAAUGAAAGUGAUUGUGAGCUGUAAAAUGCUCCGGCUUGAUUGUUCAACAAUGAAUUUAUUUUCAGACUGAAAACCUAUCCGAUCCUGGGUAGAGCUACUCAUCUCACAUUUCACAGUCAUUCCCCUUUUCAUAAAAUCUGGCUGUGUAUCUCAUUUUCUGUAUAAAAUAUUGUCAUCUUGAUUUUAUACUUUGUAUAACUUUUUAUCAUUGUGAAAAUCUGGCUUAACUGUGUCACAGCAACUUUCUAAGAGCUUGUCUAUAUUUGAAACUUAUUUUGGUUUAUAGUAAGGUGUGAAUUUAAAGCUGCCUAUUCUGCAAUAUCAAUUCCGGUAAAUUUCCCAUGUGGACAAGCCCUAAGAUAUUUCCCACUGGCAGUAAGGGAGCUGGAUUACAAACACUUACUACAGAAGCUCUGGACAGGCCAGUUGUGAAUGAGAAAGAUUUGUUAGUUUUCAAUAUUCCUGUAUAAUAACAGUAAAUGCUUAUUAUCUGGUUUGCUAAAUUGUAAGUGAAGAAGGAGCAUGCCAUUGACUUUACUCUGGCAAGCAAGUUAACUAUCACACGAACAACCUGGGAUAAACUUCUAAAAGUUUAAUUUACAAAUUCCAAAAAUAACUUUUUGUAAAAAUUCAAUUUGCAUGGCAGUUCUUCCCUGCCUGCUUCAGUCUGCAUAGGGUCAAACUCUCCAUCCUCCUGAGGGUUGAGUUU